GUCGACUCGUCGUGGCCGCCGGCAACUCACGCCCACCGCGCGCGCGCGCGAAUUAAUACAAACACAUUAACACACACAGAGAGAGAAAAUUGGCGCGCCUCGCGCUGUGCGCCUUCGAAUUUUGGAGGCGACGCGCGGGAGGACGGAAUCGGCCGGGGAUUCGCUGCGUCGCCGCGCGAGAGCGAGAGGAGGAGGAGGAGGAGGAAGCCGGGAUGGGGGUGUCGGACAACACGGUGGGGCUUUCGCUGGCGGUGGCGUCCAGCGCCUUCAUCGGCGCCAGCUUCAUCCUCAAGAAGAUCGGACUCAUCCGCGCCGGCAAGGGCGGCGUCCGCGCAGGUGGUGGAGGAUACACUUAUCUUUUGGAACCUCUAUGGUGGGCUGGAAUGAUGACAAUGUUGCUUGGGGAGAUAGCAAACUUCGUUGCUUAUACCUUUGCACCAGCCGUACUUGUGACUCCCCUUGGGGCACUAAGCAUAAUCGUAAGUUCAUUUUUAGCACAUUUCGUGCUGAAGGAACGGCUUGAGAAGCUAGGUGUUCUUGGUUGUGUAUCAUGCAUUGUCGGUUCAGUUAUUGUUGUUAUACAUGCUCCUCAAGAACAUAUGCCUAAUUCUGUAGAGGAAAUCUGGAACUUAGCCAUUCAACCAGGAUUUCUAACAUAUGCGGUAGCAACCUUAGUAGUCGUGGCAGCACUAGUUCUCUUCUUUGAACCUCGAUAUGGUCAGACAAAUAUCAUGAUAUAUCUGGGCAUCUGCUCUUCUAUGGGAUCACUAACAGUCGUUAGCAUCAAAGCCAUUGGUGUUGCUAUAAAGCUUACGCUGGAUGGAAUGAACCAGGUUGCUUAUCCACACACAUGGCUUUUUGUUAUCAUUGCAAUCAUCUGUGUGGUUUCUCAGAUAAAUUACCUCAAUAAGGCACUGGAUACCUUUGAUUUAGCUGUUGUUUCUCCAAUUUAUUAUGUAAUGUUUACGACUCUUACAAUAGUGGCAAGUGGAAUUAUGUUCAAGGACUGGGCUGGUCAAAGCUUCAGUAGCAUUGCUUCUGAAUUUUGUGGUCUGAUAACAAUUCUUACCGGAACAAUUAUGUUACACACAGCAAAGGAGGAAGAAACAGGCAGUUCUGCAGCUUUGCCAUGGCCUUUGGAUAGAGGGUCCAUAUCCUGGUGUAUCAGUUUAGGGAGCGACAAUCUACUGAAGAAUGUCAAUGAGGACUACUUUGCAGCUCUGCAAAGUUCUCCUGCGCCAGUUUAAUUGUACAUUUGGAAGUAAUUUCCUUUUACUUCCAUUGACGAAGAAACUUAUAGAGUGAUGUACAAAAUAUCAUGCAAAUUGCACAGGAACCUUAGCAGUGCCAACAUUCUGGCAGUUUUGUUGUAGAAGAUUUUAUCUGACAUUCUUUCACUGUACAUAAGGACUUGUAAAAUUUGUGAAACCAUUCUUGGAACCACACGAUGUUAGGAAAUUCUUGGAACCAGAUUGUCCCAGUUACCUAAUCUGUUUGUUUGACAGUGAGCGAGCAGAAUUGCUCGCUGAAUGUUGUGCAGUAUGAA